CAUGACUUACAAUAUCAAACACCAACACUUGCUGAACCAUUAAUCCAGCACAACAUGUAGAUCGAGAAAAAUCAAAGCCAUAGACUUUAACUUUAAUCCGAUAGAAUGAAUCUCUCUGAUUGUCAAAUUUGUGGUGAAACCUGCACUUGCCUGCCUAACAGCCUAAGUAAUGGAAAUUUGCCUGAAUUCAGUGGAAUACCCCCAAACCCCUCCAUUAGCUGCCCAAAUCUCUCUCCCCCCUCUCUGUGUUUUGGGUCUCCCGGGAGAUGGGGAAUGAGCCUCACCAGUCUCCUGUCUUGGCCAAGCUCUUCAAUGGUCGCAUUCACCUCGGCCAUGCACUGCAAUUCCUGCUCUUUCUCAUUGGCUUCACCCUUGGAUUCAUAGCCAGUUUGCACCUCCAAAGCUUCCCAAUCAAUCUAGAAGCUUUCUCCUCAUCCCCAUCUCCACCUCCACCACCUCCGCCGCCGGCGCCGGUAGAGAACAGCCGUCUGAGCAUGGAGGAUGCAGAGCUGUUCGAGAAGGCAUCACAGGUUCCGACGAUCCCGGAAUCUCCCCAUAAGCCCAUUCCUAAAGUUGCUUUCCUGUUCUUGACCAAGGGGCCACUCCCUUUGGCUCCAUUGUGGGAGAAGUUCUUCAGAGGACACGAAGAACUCUACUCCAUAUAUGUUCAUCCUGAUCCUCUCUACAAUCGAUCAGUGCCUGAAACUUCUGUUUUCCAUGGAAAAACAGUUCCUAGCGAGAGAGUCGAAUGGGGAAAACCAUCGAUGAUCGAUGCAGAAAGGCGGCUUCUAGCCAACGCCCUGCUCGACAUCUCCAACGAACGAUUCAUACUCCUCUCAGACACUUGCAUUCCCCUCUUCAACUUCACCACAGUGUACAGCUACCUCAUCAACUCGAGCCAGGCCUUCGUCGCCUCCUACGAUGACCCGAGGAAGAUUGGCCGGGGGCGAUACAACACCCGAAUGGGGCCAACAAUAUCCAUCUCCCAAUGGCGAAAAGGGUCCCAAUGGUUCGAGCUCAACCGAAGGAUCGCCUUCGAGUUAGUAUCGGACCAGAAAUACUACCCCAUCUUCAGGGAUUUCUGCCAUCCACCUUGUUACACAGAUGAACACUACAUCCCUACUGUGGUUAAUAUCUUGUGCCCGGAACAGAACUCAAACAGGAGUGUUACAUGGGUGGAUUGGUCUCAUAAUGGGCCUCAUCCAGGCAGGUUCGGCAAGGAGGCUGUUUCUGGUGAGUUUUUGGAUCAUAUAAGGUUUGCAAGUGAGUGUAGCUACAAUGGUGGCAACAGUUCCAUUUGUUUCUUGUUUGCUAGGAAGUUUCUGCCAAACACUCUCCACGCUUUGAUGCAGCUCCCUGCAUUUUGAUUUCUUUCAACAGAUACUAGUAUUCGUUUGCACAAUAUUGACAUUUGGCCCUUUCAAGUGGCCCGGGUCGGUAAUCCGAGAGGUGAAAUUUUCCUUUUAUUCUAUUCUUGUUUUUGUAACGGUUGCCAAAUGUAGAGAGAGUAAAAAUUCUGUUUACUUGAGAGAACUAAAGAUCAAUGUCCUAACGUUAUUGGUUUAUAUAUGUUGUGUUGUUGGCCUCUUGAAGUUCUCUUGA